AUGGCGUGCCGAGCAAGACAGAAGCGGUGACAUCAGAAAAGUAUUAACCCAGCAGUUGGGAGAAAGCAUCCCUCUGACAGAAGGCAUGGCUCCAACACAAACGGAUGUUCUUCAUGCAAACCUGUGUAAAUUGAUUAACGUCAGGUGCCUUUAUGUGCAUACAGUACGUUUCAUCCGGCAUCAUCAGGGGGGGACUCUACCUGUUUGUCAUUUAGUGAUACAUUUUUCUUAGCCACUCUGCGCUCUGCGCCGCUCCGCUUGUCGUAAUGAGGAACGUGCUGUCUGCUCCCCCAGUCACUGAGACGCUUGUGAUGUCACAGCAUGAAUGGCUGCCACAAAAACAUGCUGAAGCCAGCAGAGAACCUGCACAGGAAUGAUUUAUUCUGAGAACAAUGUGACAUGGACAGGGAAGGAGAGAAACGGUCUUAAUGUUUCAUCCCACCUUCCUCUCCCCUCAUCCUCACAUCCUACCAUCCUUCAGACAGGUGCCAUCAUCCCUCACUGAUGACCAGGACUGAAACGUUAUAAAUCAAAAGCAACCCAUUCUUCAUAUUGGUCUGGUGCUAACUUGUGUUCAAAAUGUAUUUCUACUGCAGGUAUUCCGGGCCAUCAGCAGAGUAUUUCCUUACCACCAUAGGCCAGGUGACCAUAGGUCAAUGUUAAGGUCAAAGCAAGUUGCGAAUAACAGCUUCUUAUCAGAUCACCCCUCUCAUGCAAGGUCUCCUCUCUCUCUCUCUCUCUCUCUCUCUCUCUCUCUCUCUCUCUCUCUCUCUCUCUCUCUCUCUCUCUCUCUCUCUCUCUCUCUCUCUCUCUCUCUCUCUCUCUGUGUAUUGCCCUUCACUACAGGUGGGCCAAAGGAGGCAACGUGAUCAAGGAGGUCUCUGGGGACACUUAUGAGGUCAUUGUGGACCACUCCUUCUACACUGAACCUGUCUCCUGUGAGGUCACCAACCCUCUGGGCAGCACCAACAUCAGCCGCAAUGUCGACGUCUACUGUGAGUGCUACUAAUGUGUUGCUCUUUCUGUGGUGAUAUCCAGCCAACGUUAUGCAUCCUAUUUAGAUUAUAGACAUUCUGUAUCUGACCAUUUAUAGAGUCUUCUGAGGUGCUGGUGGUGUUGUAUUGAUUAGAUGCUGACUGGGUGUCUCUCUGUGUUCCUGCAGUUGGUCCACGCAUGGCUGCAGAGCCCCAGUCCUUACAGGUGGAUCUGGGGUCUGAUGCUGUGUUCAACUGUGCCUGGACGGGAAACCCCUCCCUCACCAUCGUCUGGAUGAAGAGGGGCUCUGGAGUGGUAUGUAUUCCCAUAUUCAAUGUCUUUCAUCAUUUCUGGUAUUUGUUUUGAGUAGGUGCAAUACACUGUAGAUUGUUCCAAUCAGUUUAGCCGAUACUUUCAAUUUCAUGUACUUUAUAGUGAUAUAUUUUCCACAACCACCCCCAUAUCAUGCUGGCCACAGCAGUAACUUCAUUAAUUAUUCUAUUUGAAAACCAAAAAAAUCUAACUGUAGAGGUCAUUCAGGAUUCAUGUGACCAAGCAGUGCCCUUUGAGCUCAAAUCAGUUGUUUUCAAAGUCUCAUUAAUCCAAACAUCCUGAGGCAGCUAGCGGUUUGGGCUCGUUAGUGCCCCUGCUCCCUGACUCCUGGCUGGAGAUGUGUUGAGGUGAGCAGAGGGGCAUGCAAUUGAUCUGCCAGGCUCAUUCCUCAACUCCGUAUACAUCAACCAUCAGAGCCUGGAGAUGGAGACCAAAACCGCCCAUCUCUCAUAUGAGCCUGGUCCCAAAUUGGAUUUUAAUAAUAGAAGAGGGGUGGCCUUUAAGUCGUUAAGAGGAGCACGGGCUGCUUUGUGCUGCCUCAAAUGUGAAGGUGACCUCUCGCUGCUAAUUCAGUGACCCUUGACCUCUGUGUGGCAGGUACUAAGUAACGAGAACAUCCUGACACUCAAGGCUGUGAAACAGGAAGAUGCUGGGAAAUAUGUGUGCCGUGCCGUGGUCCCACGAGUAGGCGCUGGGGAGAAGGAGGUUUCUCUCACCGUCAACGGUAAGUGUCACACUGGUCAGGAAUGUUUUGGGUGGUUUGGGGGUCACAUCUGCUAA